AUGGCUUUGCGCCAACCACAACCCCUCGAGCCAGCCCAUAAUGGGAACCCAUCCUUGCGUCACGUAGGCAUGCUGGAUCUGCUGGACAGAGACCUGCGGCCUACCUUCAUUGUCGAUACUGCUCCAGACAGUAUCAAGUCCGAAAAUGGAAGUGUGCUGGAAUAUUGGAACUCGGCCAUGGCCUCUGCCAAUCCUGGACGUGUGUUGCAAUUGAUGGGCCGCGAAGGCACUACACACAGUAGCAAUGGGAAGGGCAAUGAUGCCUUUACACGUUUUCGGAACUGGUCUCUAUCACAGGAUGCAAUCAGCAAACCUUCCAUGUACUCAGACUAUACUUGGACAAAAGUACUGGUAUCUAGCCGUUGGAACGUAAUAAGCGCCUUCUCCGCGAGCACGUGCGUAGGCAGCGAUGACCCUGAGACGACUACUCUCACCAGGAAGAUUUCCAAACCAAAGGCACCCAAUUUCGAUUGGACGGAUCAGCUUCCUCCACGGCGUCUUACAUCUCAUGCGGCAUGGGCGCGCAGUAUUGACUGGGCAGCGACUCCCUUAGGACCCAUGUCCUCAUGGUCAUCGCAGCUGCGAAGUAUUGCCAACCUGGUUAUGCAGGAUCCGCGACCUGCCGUGGUGUUUUAUGGUCCCGAGCUUAUCAUGAUAUACAAUGAAGCUGAGAUUGAACUUCUAGGUGGAUUCCAUCCGUGCAUGGGUGCCAGUGCUCGCGUGGCUCUUGCUUCCGUUUGGAAAGAGUAUUUUGAGCCUAUCAUAGAAAAGAACCUCCGUGGAGAGACGGUGGAGAAGACGAACACUGCAAUUCACAUGAUACGCAACGGCUUCAUGGAAGAAACAUACUUUCCCUCAAGUGUCACUGUCGGUCAUUAUGAGCCGCUUGUGGAAACGACUAGAGAAGUAAUCGCACAAAGGCGGUCACGCACACUGCUUGAAUUGAGCGAAGAGAUACCGAGAGCGCGCAACACUGAUACAUAUUGGCAUCUUGCAACUGAUGUAUUAUCUCGCAACGCCAAAGAUAUUCCGUUUUGUUUACUAUAUUCUGCUGAGGCCGAUGGGCAUGGCUCUGAGUCGAGCAGGACGCGAUUCUCUGAUAAUAACCAGCAGCAUUGCAAACUCCGCGGUUCGUUUGGGCUGCCCAAGGGCUCACCCGCCGGACCUGAGCAUCUGGACUUUCAGCAAGAUCACGGAUUUACGCCCUACUUUCGCCAGGCCCUUACAGCCCGAAAGCCGAUAAUACUCCGAUUUGACCAGGAUCCUGUAGCUGCUGAGCUGGUUCGAGAUAUCGAAUGGCAGGGCUUUGGAGAUCCCUGUAGAGCACUAGUCAUUUGCCCCUUGAAUCCAACAUCUUCAAAAGACAACAUUCUUGGGUUCAUGGUCAUCGGGCUGAAUCCACGUCGACCGUUUGACGAAGACUACCUCCAGUUUAUCUUGGUCACUAGUCGGCUACUCUCUACAUGCCUAACAUCAAUAUUACUACACGAAGAGGAUAUAGGGCGUCGGGAGCGGACUAUAGCUAACGCCGAAGCGAUGAAGUACCAGCUCAAAGAACAGCUGACGCUAUCUCAACAAGAGGCUGAACGAAACGUCUCGAAGUUCAAGCGUUUCGCUGAGCGGGCCGAUGUUGGCAUUUUUCUGAUUGGGAUGGACGGGAUCUACUCGUACAGAAACGAAGCUUGGUAUAACAUCUUGGGCACAGUGGCACAAGACGUUGGUCUUGAGGAGGCAUGGACCCUUCUCAUCGAUGAAGAGUACCAUGAGUUGGGCCGAAGGAAGUUCAAGGAACUCAAGGAGACCAAGCAGCACCAGUCAUUUGAGCUACGUCUUAAGAAGACAUGGAACGCACCAGCUCAGAAUAUGGACGAAGAAUUUCCUGAAGCGCAGCCAAUGUGGGUUAUAACUUCGAUAUUUCCCGAACUCAACGAUCAAGGGGAGGUCAUUGAGAUUAUUGGUUGCUGCACAGAUAUCAGUCAACAAAAGUGGGGCGAGAAGCUCCAAGCAACCCAGGCUACAAGAGCUCAGGAGUCUAAAAGUUUCAGCCACGAGAUGCGUAAUCCUCUAUCUGCGAUUGUUCAAUGUGCUGACAGUAUCAUAUCUGCACACAAAGACUUUGGCUCUUCAACAGACUAUCAAAAGGUUUAUCAGAACAUCGUAGAGACCACUAUUGAUGCAGCCGAAACUAUUGUUCAGUGUUCAAAGCACAUGAAGACGAUUGUUGACGAUGUACUUACCAUGUCAAAACUUGACUCCGGCCUGUUCAUGAUGACUCCAGUCGACGUACAACUAGAUUCAAUCGCAAGAGAUGCGGUCAAGAUGUUUGAGGGCGAGGCGAAGUCAGCUGGUGUGGAGCUUCAUUUCAAGCUCGAAGAUUCCUGCAAAGAUACCAAGAUUGAGUAUGUCUCGCUCGAUCCAACACGAGUAUUGCAGAUCCUCAUCGAACUGACAACCAAGAAUCUCAUCACCAACGCCAUCAAGUUCACGCGGUUAGAGGAGAUCCGCAAGAUUUCUGUCAGCUUGGGCAUAUCUCUUGAGCAACCAACCCACAGUGCAAGUGGAAAUGUGCCAUUCUCACGUACAUCGGAAGGUGCAGAGGCUCAAACUUUGCAAGCGGAUUGGGAGAAGGGGCAGCCAGUAUACGUCAUCUUCUCAGUCCAGGACACUGGCCGCGGACUGAGCGAUGAAGAGCAUCAGCUUCUGUUCGCUCGAUUCUCUCAAGCAUCACCGCGUACACACAUUGACUACGGUGGCUCUGGCCUCGGCCUUUUCAUCUCACGCCGACUAACCGAAAUGCAUGGCGGAGCGAUUGGAUUUGCAUCCAAAUCCGGAGUUGGUAGCACCUUCUCCUUCUACGUCAAGAGCCGCAAGUGCGCCUUCCGGCCCAAAUUCAACCGCCACCAAAGCAACGCCGCAGUCAGCCUAAGCAUACGAGCCCACGAAACCGUUCUCUCGAGUCGAUCACGCAACGAAAAGGACGAGCCCCCAAGUAGGAACGCCACUGCCGACGUCAUCCCUAACAAAAACCUGCACGUCCUCAUCGUCGAAGACAACCUCGUCAACCAGCGCGUCCUUGCCAAGCAGCUGCGCAACACCGGCAUGCAAGUCGCCGUCGCGAACCACGGUGGUGAAGCCUUGGAAUAUCUCCGCACGACCAACUACUGCAUCCCUGACGGUACCGGCAAGCCCCUCGCACUCAUCCUCAUGGAUUGGGAGAUGCCUGUCAUGGACGGCUUGACCUGCGUGAGGAAUAUCCGGGAAUUGCAAAAGGAGGGGGUGGUUAGAGCACACGUACCUGUCAUCGCAGUGACAGCCAAUGUGCGGAGUGAGCAGGUUGAGGUUGCGCUCAAGGCAGGCAUGGACGAUGUUAUCAGCAAACCGUUUCGUAUACCAGAGCUGUGCGCUUGUAUACAGAAAACGUUAAGGAGUACGGCGAAGUGGUAG